UCUCUUUUCACCGCUCCUCCCCUCUCCUCGCUGCAGAGCAGUUGUUGCCCGCUUGCUAGUCACACUCCUCGCUGCCGCCGCGCGAUGGACGGCGCGUCGUGGCCCGUGCGGUGGCCGCCACCCCCUACUGCGCCACUGCUGCCGAGCCAGGUGGACGGCGUCGCUCUGCGCCACCUGCUCCGCCCCUUCUCCACGCAGGCGGUGCCGGAGCAGCUGGUGGCGAGUCCUUCGAGCUCGCAGCCCGGCCAGCCUGCGAGAGCGGGGCCCAGCAGCGAGUUGCUCACUCAAGUCCCGGGGAGUUACUCCACUUUCGGCAUUGCGUCGGACCUUAAGGCGUUGUUUGAAAACCCGAAUGAAAGCAAUGCGGCUGGUCUCAUUAAUCUUACCCGUGCUUCUCCACUCGGCAGCGCCGCGCCUCUGUCCAAGUAUCCGAGACAUGGAUUGCCAGCUAGCAGUAGCAACGAGCAGUCCGCCUCCGCCCUUGGAGCGCUGUUUCUGAACAAAACUGAUGAUGGAAUGGGUACUUGUACAGGAGAAGGUUCAGCUAAUGAAGGCAUAACACACGGUGGAAUACAGUUCCAGGACUCAAGCGGGCACACACUGCAGAAAUUGCCUUUCAAUUCGACUCCUCCUCAUCAUCCUACACUGCUUGGUGAUCGUAUCCGUGUGUCCUGUCUGAAUGUUGGUGGAGAGUUCUUUGUGGGUGAAGCUGGGCUUUUUGGAGUCAUAUGCUUGUGUCAUCGGUUGAGAAUGUCUGUAGCUAAGUUCUGUGAGCAUGCGGGAGGUCCUCCAGAAAAAGCUGGUGAAAUUGUCCGCGUGGAGAAUGGCAUGAGUAUCGCACAAUGGUUCAAAUUCUGCAUAGGGGAUGGAGGAUCUAUUGCUGGCAUCAAUUGGGAUUGGCCAGAAUGGGCAUGUAUGGAAAAUUCUCCAGAAGAAUACAGGUUGAAAAGUCUUACUUCAAUAAACAGUGGUAUAGGAUCAAUAGAGUUAUUAGGUGGAUAUGGAAAAAUCACUGAGGGUGCAGGAUGCACUAAUGUUGAGAAGUUAGUGAAUAGGCCACAUGAAACAAAUUACAGAAAAAGUGUUCAUGUGCAUGAAGCUUUUACAAAGAAUUCUACUUCAGUACAGAAUGCCACAACUUUAGGGCUUGCUAAAAACCAUAUGGUUCAUACAUUGGACCUGAACCCUCUUAGCAUGCCAAGUGGAAGCCUACACUUCAAAGCAAGCAUGGGAAGACAUUGCAAUGGAAAUCAUUUGGUACAUAAUUAUGGAUUCCUUUUGGAGAAAAAUUUUGAUGCUUCUUUUUGUAAUCCUGGGCCAAGUUCUACAAGAGUUCCAAACCAUGAUAGUAGGGCAUGCAGGCCUGAUUUCCCCCACAAAAUAUUCCAGGACAGUUUAAGCAAUGCUUCAAACACUGAAUUAAAGUUUGGGCAAUCUUCUUAUCAUCAAUCUAUGACCAACCUAUUUCCAUCUGUGCAGUCAACAGUAAUUGAAUUUCAGAAACCUCAGUUACAUGUGCCAUUGAUAGAUCAAAAUCCUUGUCCAAAGCAAGCAGCCAAGGUCACCAAAAGUAUAGCAGAACAUAACGAACCACCAAUUGGUACUGGAGAUAAGAAGCAAUCACUUGAAGUUGCUAGUGGCACAAAAUAUUCUGAAUGUGAUGGGCUUACAGAUGACGCAUCCAAAAAUUCAUUUAUCUCAUUAUUUCUUUCACACCUUGAGAGGAAUAGUACACAUGAACCCAUCGACGAUAUUCUCAACAAUAAUGAGCAUUAUCUUUCUAAGGCCCUGGAUGUUGCAUGUAGUUCUGAUCAUUCAAAAAAUGCAAGUAGACAGAUUAAGACAAGGGCUAAUGAUAAUCUUUCAAAGUUGCCCCUGGAUAUUAUUCAUAUGAAAAGGAGAUCAGAGGGCAUUUCUCUUUCAGCGGCUUCCAGUGGAUAUAAUCCUCAAGAUGCACCCCAUGCUAAUAGUCUGGAACCUUUGAUCCGUGGUGAUUGCCUGUCACAUUCGCUGCCUAGUCAACCUAACGCUGGAAUCUCCAAAAUUUGCGCAAGAGUUUCAUAUCCUGCAAGUUGCAUGAGUUACAGUCACGCAGGCGAUGAAUCCCAUCAGGUUGCACAUGCUGAGAUUGGGGUUCCCUGUUUCUAUGAUAAAAUGGCCAGGGGCCGAGGUACUUUUGAGUGUGUUGAUGGCUUAUGCGCACAUAGAAGUUUGAGAGCUUUUGCCAAAUUUGGCUGUGAGAAUGGGAAAUCUCGUUGUUCUUCUCAGGAGUUUAUACCUAGCUGUUGCCAAAAUGAUAAAUUAACACUGGGAAAAUCGAUUUGUGGAUGCUGUUGCAAAAUUAAGGAAGUUGUGUCCAGGCUUGGUUUUAGACCUGAUCACUUCUGCAGAACUCAUUUUUCUAGUGAUGGUGGUCCAAUUCUAGCCAGUAAGCCUACCCUGGAAGGGCUAAAUGAACUUUGUACCUGCUCCACUUUUAUACAAAGAUCACCAUUAUGUUCUCGAGAACACAUCUUGCAGUCUUCUUGUUAUGCAUGUCCCAUUGAUGGAUUUCACUACAGAAGUUCUAUGGGACAUGCAACAGACAGCUUGACAAAAAACUCUCUGCUUGAUGCACUUAAGAAAAAAGAACGAGGUCCUUGUUGCGAUGGAAGAUGCUGCCACUCUGUAGUCCCAAAACAUUUGUCUGGUUGUGGUUUUACAAAGCAGUGUGAUGUCAGAAUUGAUCAAAUUGGUCAUACUGGACCAAAAGGCAAACACCAGCUGCAAAUGCCUACUAGAUGUUGCACAUUAGAGGAGAAUGAAAAAUUAACAUGCCAAUGCUUAAGCAAUAGAAUUGCUGGAAGAAGUAUGUCUCAAGCUUCUCUUUGUAAAGAUGUCUUCAAUAAAGCGAUGAGCAAGCCUUAUAUUGCUACAACGGAGAGACUGAAGAAUGUAUCCGCAGCUUCAGUGGCCGAUGGCAGUUUGUCCAAAGCCUUAACAGAGAAAAAGGGCACUUAUAGAGAUUCUGUAAUGUCUAAUGGGGAACCAAAGUUGGUUUUCUCUUCUGGAUCGUCCAGCGCUGUGGUGACAAAGUUUCAGGCGUCACCUGAAUUUAACAAUGCACCCUCCUGUGCUGCUAAACAUAGCAAACACAAAAAUCCAUGUGAUGAAGGAUCAAGAAUUGAGAAAUGUUCCGCAUCCAGCUAUGUCCCUUCCAAUACAAGAUAUGAAGAAGCCCUAAAUAGUUUCCCUAGAUCUCAGUUGUGUCCAUCUAGAGUGAAGCGCAAAUGUAAAAAGAUUUCUGACAGAAGUAGACUGGAGGAAAAGGGCAAUGACGAACUUUGUUUUGGACUGCCAAAGAAAACUAGAACAUUGAGGUGCUCUGCGAAACAUUCAGAAUCAGAUGAUUGUGCUAGGACUAGUUCCCAGUCGUCCCAAAAGGGGGGUUCUCAACCACAAGAUGAAGGUAAUUCAUUUUCUUGCAGGGUGUUGAGAACCAAGCGAAAACAUCCUACCAUUCAUCUGAAUAAGCCUGUGAAACGGCUUCACAGCCAGAACAAGAUUUUCAAAGGUGAUGAUGAGCAACCAGAUGACAAGGGCAUUUUUCGUGGACGAUUAAAUUCCUCUGAUAGGAAAAGGCAUGUAGAGGAUAUGAUCACUCCGGAUAGAACAAAACAUCACCAGGAAGGGAGUCCAGUGUUUGUCCGCAAACUGCCUAAAUAUGUGUCUCUGAACUGCAUUGUAAACAAACCUAACGGUGAAGAUGCUUGUAGUGGAAGUGCUGGUAUCGAUUCUAGUUCAAUUGCCACGGGGAUAGCAAACGAUAAUAGAAAAUUUCCCAAAAUCGUUCCACUUAAUCUGAUUCUUAAAAAGGCUAAGAGAUGCCAUGCUGUUAAACCCCUCUGUAAGACAGAAAGUAUCCACUUGUCUGAGGAAAAGAACUCAGAUUGUUCUGUGGACAGCUCAGAUUGUUCUGUAGACAAGUAUUCUGUUGAUAAUGAAAAAUGCAGUCCACAAGCUGAAGAUGAAAUGCAGGGUUCCAAAAUGAGUAGAUAUUCAUCUAAUGACUUGAGGCCACAUGUUUAGGCUCACUGCAAAAGUCCAUGUGGUGUUUUUGGAGAAGAUGACCCUCUUGGCCUAACAGAUGUGGAGACAAAUCAGCUGUCAAUAACAUCAUCAAGAAGUAAUGGUAGGACAAGGAGUACAACAGUAUGUUUGGCUGUAUAUUACUGAAAUUGAUUAUGUUCCAUAAGAUUGAUGAUGUUUGUCUAUAUGCCCUGUAGUUAGCAUUUUUAGAAACUUUGGAUCCAUUUUGUAAAAAUGAUGUGAACGUGGUUCACCAUGUGAGUGGUGUGACAUACAGUUUAAUUAUUUUUCUUCAA